AUGGCAUACCAUCCCUUCCAUCAACCUCACUCUGACUUUGAAGGACAGGAUGUCGAGCCUAUUUUCAACGACACAGACGGAUCUCCAGUCUAUGACGAUCCUUACGGCGCGCUCAUGGGUUAUAUUGCCAGCAGGAACGAUGUUGCAGCUUUAAAACUCUAUCAAGACCAUCCGAAAACGAAAAUAUUCUGGGAAGGUUACGACAAUCCGUCCUGGCAUCCCUUACUUGUUGCUGAAGAAAGUGGUAGCUUCGAUGCACUUCGUCUAAUGCUAGAGAUCUACUUAGCGGAUCCGAGUUAUAUCGAGCCGCUUGACCAGUACCUGAAACGCAUUGACUUUUCUCCAAUCAAUGUGGCUUGCGCUGCAGCGCAGAAAGAGCUAAUGCUAUGGUUACUGGACCAUGCUCUACCUCAGGCGACAAUCCAUGAUCGGUUUAAAUGUGAAGAAACCCCACUCUUCAGCGCGGCACGCGGGCUCAAACGCGAUGAUGAUGAUUCUUCCAUUUGUGACGAUGCGAACCCUCCAAGGUCGAUGAAUAAGCAUGAAGAGUUUAUCUGCUUCCUUCUGGACCAGGGCUGUUCGGUCAGAGAUUCAAACAUCUACGUCAAACAGAGCGAAGAAGACCAGAAUUCCUCUAACCAAACUGCUGAGCUCGAAGGAACAGUCCUCGGCGCUGCCAUUCCUAAUGCUGGCUAUAAAAUGGUAUCUCGUCUGAUUGCGGAAGGAGCCGAGGUUCAUGCCUGUCAGAUAUGGCUCGAUCCUACAAAGACCGUGGGUGAAUGGUUCGAUCCUACCAAUGUCUUACGAAAAAGGAAAGGAGUGACUGCUUUGCAUAUAGCAAGCCUUAAUUGGAACCUUGAGGGGAUUCAUGCGCUGAUCGAUCAUCGCGGUGACUUGAGUGUGGCAGAAAUGGUCUCCAAGACGGACGAGAAUGGUCGAAUCCCUCUCCAUUGGGCUUUACUUGGGUAUUAUAAUGACCGGAAUACGAAUACCGACGAGAAUACCCAAACCGAAAUUCCGUCUCGGAUGAUGACCACUAUAAAACUUCUUCUUGAGGCCAAACCCGACACAAUCAACGCCCGAAGCCAACAAGGCGAAUCGGUAUUCAAUUUUGCAGUUCAAUGCCACGCGGGACCUGCGACCAUUAUUGCAAUUGUGGAUAUGCUUCUAGAUUUCAAACCGCUGGCUUCUACUUUCGAAUACCCCGACAUACUUAGCCGGACAGCUUUGCAGGAUGCAGUGGAUAAUCAUGCUGAUAGGUACGGCAGGAAUCGUGACGUUAAUCUUCAUGACGGUCAGCUUAUGCAAUUAAUCGAGAAGUUGCUGGCGAAAGGGGUCCCUGCUCGUUUAUCCCUACAUAGAUUAUGUGAUGGCGGUUGGAAUGAAGAACCCAUUGGUAUUCAUAUGAUUGACCGCUUGCUGGAGGGAGCUAGUAUUAACGACACCGAUGGCGAUGGGUGCACGGCGAUGCACUAUCUAGUUCGAGAUUUGGAUCAGAUCGACGCUAUUCGCUAUCUGAUCAGCCUGGAGGCGGAUGUGAACGUGAUCAAUCACAAGGGGAAUACGCCUCUUCACGAAGUGAUGAAAAGUACAAUGAUUAGAAGGAUGGGUGAGGAUGGAUUGCCUGAUCCUUCGCAGCCCCUAGACAGCCCCUACACAACACGGGAGGAGUUGAUUAAAAUGCUGGUGGACGCUGGAGGCUCGAUGAAUCAGCCAAAUAAAGUAGGACACACCCCAGCCCACCUACUUGAUGAGCUCAACGAGCGAAGAAGACGGAAGGCAGAUGCCGAUAGGCAGAGGGCCCAGCGUGGACGCGGCCGUGGACGCGGCUGUGAAUCUCAGCGUUGA